GAGGGAGGGAGGGGGCCCUGGGUGCCUCCGCGGCCCCUCCCCAACCUCGCUCCCCCACAGUGGGAGCGGGGAAACUGCUCCCCGGGCCGCCGGAUCUCCCUCCUCCCGUCUCCUGCCCCACAUCAGGGACCUGGGGAAGGCGAGGUGGAAGGUUCGGGAAGACUGGGGGCGACGGGUUGGGAACGCGCCCCCGUCCCCUUUUCCCCUAAGCCCGCCUCUCCCCACCCCCAGCCAGAUCUCUCCUCCAGCAGCGGCCUGAGCCCGGGCCAAGUGGGUGCGCCCGCCCGCCGGGCCGGGAUCCGGUGUCGGCUGCAGCUGGCAGUGCGCGGGCGCGAGCGCGGCGGCCGGCAGGCCCGGCUAUUAAUAACGCGCCGGCCGAGCCCGGGUCGCGCAGCCAUGGCCACCCCGGAGGCCCGGAGCGGCGGGGACGGCGGCGCCCAGGCCGGGAGGGAAGUAACAGCAGAAGCUGUUUCUCAAGAAAAUUCUGAAUCUCUGAGUGUGACUGAGACCUUGAACCCAGAAGCUACGCUAUCUUUGGAGGGGACUGUCAACCUAGAAGACAUUCUCUACCUUGGGGACACAGAUGACUUUGAAGAGAUACUUUAUAUGGGAGACACUCAGGAGCCAGAGGAGAUACUGUAUAUUGAAGAGACUGGGCAUCCAGAGGAGACACUAUUCAUGGGAGAGCCUGUGAAACCAGGGGAGACACAGUAUGAGGAGACUGUGAAGCCACACGUGGAUCAAGCAGAGAGCCUGAGCCCAGAGCAGAUUGUGUGUGAGACAGAGACGGUUGCAAGGGAGGAAAAAUCCAACCCCGAGGAAAGCCUUAAAGCUGAGCCGAGCCCCAGUACAGAGGAGAACCUGAGCAUCGAGGACCUGGAACUGCUAGAGGACCGUUUCCAGCAGUGUGUGCAAGCAGUAGCCCAGCUGGAAGAGGAGCGGGAUCAGCUCAUUCAUGAGCUGGUGCUGCUCCGUGAACCAGCCCUGCAGGAGGUGCAGCAAGUCCAUCAGGAUAUAUUGGCUGCUUACAAGCUGCAUGCACAGACAGAGCUAGAGAGAGAUGGGCUGAGGGAGGAGAUCAGGCUGGUUAAGCAGAAGCUGUUCAAGGUGACCAAGGAAUGUGUGGCGUACCAGUACCAGUUGGAGUGCCGCCAGCAGGAAGUGGCUCAGUUCGCUGAUUUCCGGGAAGUACUAACCACAAAGGCAGCCCAGCUGUCUGGGGAACUGGCCCAACUCCAGGAUGCUUAUCAGAAGCAGAAGGAGCAGUUGAGGCAACAACUAGAAGCGCCCCCAAGCCAGCGGGAUGGGCAUUUUCUCCAGGAGAGCAGGCAGUUGUCUGCCCAGUUUGAACAUCUCAUGGCAGAGAGCCGACAGGGGCUGGAGGAGGAAUAUGAGCCUCAGCUACUGCGGCUCCUGGAGAGGAAAGAAGCGGGGACCAAAGCUCUGCAGAAAACUCAGGCCGAGAUCCAGGAGAUGAAGGAAGCACUGAGGCCCCUACAAGCAGAGGCCCGGCAGCUCCAGCUGCAAAAGAGGAACCUGGAGGACCAGAUCACACUCGUGAGGCAAAAACGAGAUGAAGAGGUGCAGCAGUACAGGGAACAGCAGGAGGAAAUGGAAGAACGAAAGAGGCAGUUAAGAAAUGGGGUGCAACUCCAGCAACAGAAGAACAAAGACAUGGAGCAGCUAAGGAUCAGUCUUGCAGAAGAGCUCUCAACAUACAAGGCAAUGCUUCCCAAAAGCCUGGAACAGGCUGAUGCUCUCACUUCUCAGGCAGGUGGAAUGGAGAAGCAGUCUCAAGGGGCUGCUUAGAAAUGUAUGGCCGCAUCUGUAACACAGAAACAACCAAAAAAACUUCAUAGCAAAAAAUUACGAAGUACUCUUUGGACUUUUCUCAAACAGACAGAGUGCUAGAACUUAGCAAGCAAUUCACUCUGUGAAAAUUGCAAAUACUGGCUAAAAUGAUUCUGUUAUUGGCUGGGAAAACAUCAGCCAAUUCUUAGUUGGAUUUUACUUCAUAAGUCACUGGUACUGACCUGAAUGUGCUGAGGAAUGGAAAAAAGGCCUAUCUUCCAGAAGCAACCUUCACAUAUGCAGGCUAAGUAAAGGAUGAAUGUAUGGACACUUCUUGCAGUAUUGUGGAAGAAUGUAUCUUGCUUUGUGUUGACCCAAAUCAAAAACAUUUUGGGGGACAAAAAGCCAACUUUCCUUAUGGGUCUGCAAUGUGAAUUCUUUUGUGCCAUGAAUGUUAAGAUUUUAAAGAAUCCUCUUACAAAGUUUACUUUUUAAGGGCUAUGCAGACUCAGUUUACUCUUAAAAUUUUUGUCAAGAUAAUUUUCAUUGUAUUUUAAGACAAUCAGACUUUAAGAAAACCAAUUUAGACUGGAAAAUAAGUUUAAAACCACUGUACUCAGAUUUUUCCCAAAUGAUCUGAAAUGAUUUUUGGGUAUUAAUGAAACUACUCAAUCAAAAACAAAAACCGAGUGACUAAAAUAAACCAAUCAUUUAUAUGAUUAUGGUACAGGAUGAUAUAGGCUCUCAGAGCUGGCUGUUUUGAUUCUCUUAAGUACAGGCCCCAGUGGAAAACAUACUGGGGAAAGUCAACCUCUCUGUGAUAAAAUGUUCAAGAACCUUUUCUACAUUUAAAUUUUGCCUUAAACUCUACCAUACUGCCUUUGGCAUUUGAAAGCCCAUGUAAUUCUCUAGGGACUGUUUAUGCCAUUUUUAUCAUAGGCUAGUCUGUGCACCUCUGGCUGUGUUUUAUGUCUCGAAUUUUUCCUGGAAAGGAGUAAAGCUCUUUUCUAUA